UCGCUCACACCCCCCAUGUGCCCGCUCUGAAUGCCACUGCGGCUUCACGCGCGUCGUCUCCUUCCUCCCCGCUCCUCCUCCUCCUCUCCCUAGAUCAAGCCCCCGCAUUCCCUCCCUCCUCCCUCCAGAUCGCGGCAACCGCCUGGCCAGACAUUCUCCUCCUCGGGACGGGCGACGACCAGCCCCGCCGGCCAUGACACCCCGCGGCGCGCCGGCGCUGCUGCUGGUGCUGGCGCUCGCGCUGCUCGGGCUCCUGCACCCGCGCCCCGCGGCGGCGCAGCAGGAGGGCGCCGUGCCGGAGGCGUACGCGGCCUCGUUCGCGGCCCGCUUUGCCGCGCCGCCGUCCUGGUCCUUCCCGAACCCGCGCCUCCGCGCCGCCUACGCCGCGCUCCAGGCCUGGAAGCGCACCGCCAUCUUCUCCGACCCCUCCAACUUCACCGCCAACUGGUCCGGCCCCAACGUCUGCGCCUACAGCGGCGUCUUCUGCGCGCCCCUCCCCGGCGCCGCCGGCGGGUACGGCCACGGCGACCUCGUCGUCGCCGGCAUCGACCUCAACCACGCCGACAUCGCCGGGUACCUGCCGGCGUCGCUGCCCCUCGGCGUCCCCGACCUGGCGCUCUUCCACAUCAACUCCAACCGCUUCUGCGGCGUCGUCCCGGACACCUUCCGCCACCUGCGCCUGCUCCACGAGCUCGACCUCAGCAACAACCGCUUCGUCGGCGGCUUCCCCGAGGUCGUGCUCGCGCUCCCGUCGCUCCGGUACCUCGACCUCAGGUUCAACGACUUCGAGGGCUCCAUCCCGCCGGCGCUCUUCGACCGCCCGCUCGACGCCAUCUUCCUCAACUCCAACCGCCUCCGCAACCCCAUCCCGGCCAACCUCGGCAACUCGCCGGCCUCCGUCGUCGUGCUCGCGCACAACAGGCUCGGGGGAUGCAUCCCGCCCAGCAUCGGCAAGAUGGCCGACACGCUGAAUGAGAUCGUCCUCAUCGCCGACGAGCUCACCGGCUGCGUCCCGCCCCAGGUCGGGCUGCUCACCAAGGUCACCGUGUUCGACGUCAGCGACAACCACCUCCAGGGCCAGCUCCCGGCCAGCAUCGGCGGGAUGGCUGCCGUCGAGGAGCUCGACGUCGCCAGGAACCGCUUCGAGGGCGCCGUGCCGGCCGGCGUCUGCGGCCUCGCCAGCCUCAGGAACUUCACCUACACCGACAACUUCAUCACCUCGCGCCCGCCCUGCGCCAAGACCACUGCCGACGGCGCGUGGAACUGCAUCCCCGGCGCGCCGGCCCAGCGCCCGCCGUCGCAGUGCGCGGCCGCCGCGGCGCACCCGUUCGACUGCAGCAAGGACCAAUGCCAGGCCCCGUCCUACACCCCAACGCCGGGUGGUGGCCCUGGGUACACCCCGACGCCCGGUGCUGGUGGCCACGGCGGCCGUGGUCGGCGCGGAGGCGGCAAGCAGCCGCCCGCGCCGGUGGGAUCGCCUCCGAGGAGAAGCCGCAUCGCUGGAAACCCGCCGCCGCCUUCGAGUUCUCCUACCCCAUCGUACCCGUCGCCGCCGUCGAGCGCGACCACUCCCUCGUACCACUCGCCACCAAAGGGCUCCACCACGCCGUCAUACCCUCCGCCGCCGUCGAGCGCCAGCACCCCGUCCUACCACCACUCGCCGCCCCAGGGAUCACCCACCACCCCGUCCUACCCUCCGCCGCCGUCGAGCGCGAGCACCCCGUCCUACCACCACUCGCCACCCCAAAGUUCGCCCUCCACGCCGUCCUACCCCUCACCACCGACUGGCUCCUCCACGCCGUCCUACCCGUCGCCACCCUUCAGCUCCACAACCCCAUCCUACCACUCGCCGCCGCACGGCGCGCCGACCCCGUCCCACCCGUCGCCACCAAAGGGAUCUUCCUCCCCAACUCCAGUGACCCACGCGCCGCCCCCGCCGACGUCGGCGGACGAGCCGGACGUGCGUUACGCGCCACCGCCGCGCUCGUACGGCCCCAAGCCCUCGACGCCCCCGUCCCACGGCUCGGCGUCGCCUCCCUCGACAGGCUACCAGCCGCCGUCCACCGGCCAUCCGACGCCGUCGCCGCCCACGGAGCACCCGGGCUACGUCCUGCCGCCGCACGCCCCGGGGACCCCCUCCUCGCCCCCGUCGCACCCCGGCACCCCCUCGACGGCUCCAGGAGCUCCGCCGACGAAACACUGCUCGCCGCCGGCCCAGGGAGGGAGCCCCGGCACCGGUGCUGACCACGGGCACGCGCACGGCGGGAAGCUGCCGUUCCCGCCUGUCUACGGCGUGUCCUACGCGUCCCCGCCGCCGCCGGGGAAGCCGUACUAAAAGCUCGUGAACACCGCUCGCCGCCUCGCCGGAGCGCCGGCCAUCGGCACCAGCAUCCACCCGCCACUGCCAGUAUAAUACUUCUCCAUGCAUCCCUGUAGUAUUUUUGAUCCUUCUUCUUCUUUCUUCUUUGAUGAUGAGUAUUUGAUCAAAUUGAAUCAAAGAGUUGCAAUGUAUUGAUUCUUUCUCACCCCCCUCUUAUUCCCCCUCACCGAAUUUUAUUAAUUAAUUGAUUGAUUGAUCUGGAGAUGUA